AUGCCUACCGUCUUACUCCCUUCAUCGGCCGCAGCGUUUGCGCCACGGUCGUCGCCCAAUGUAGUACUGAACGCCAAAGUCGAGCCCUGGUUGACGGCAACCUUGAAACGAGUCAAUCGGGUCAAGAGACCACUGAACAAUGUUACACAACAUACAAGAUGUCUGACGGAGACCUUGUCCUCGCCUAAUGCGAUUUGGACUCUAUGCUCCUUGAUGUUUCCCAAGGCACCGGACUCCGAACUCAGGAAGGACGAGAACCCCCUGGUGGAGGCCAUCUUUAAUCACCAGAUGAUCCACAUCGAAGCAUAUGUUGUGCACGUCGACAUGGUCUCCCAGAACGAAGUCGCCUUCAAGUUGACCCCGGAGACCAUCGAGGCUCUCGUCGAGUUCCACCAGGACAUCUACUCCGUGGACGUCGCAGCCAAUACAUGGGAAUGGAGCGACAAGGGACAUCAGCUGAAGAGGCUGCAGGAGGAGUUCGUGCAGGCUGCUAACAAAUUCGUCUAUCGCACCAAUGUGCAGGCGCUUGAAGGGCUCGAGGAGGAUGGCGCAGGUGAGCUGCUCGGGGGCAGGAGUGACGAGGCCAAGGCGGCGAUCCUAAACCUUUUUGUCCCAUUGUCUCCUCCGCCCCCUCGAGUAGUGGAUGUCCUCCGUUCCACUCCACUUCUACCCAGCUCGACUGGUCUGGAGAGUUGGUGGCAACCUCCGAUGCAGCACCCCGCGUCUGUAGACGCCUGGAAAGUACUACCAUCCAGCCCAACAACGACCAGCACGUGCGAUUCUAAUCCGAAUUUGUGGGCCAGUCUCAGUGGUCUAGAUGAGAUGCAAUAUCCGUGCUCGACAUCACCAUACAUUCUGCCAUUCACCACUUCGCCAUACGACUCAACCCAGUAUUAUAACGCUGCUGCGACAUCUGCUGCCUUCACUGCUCUACCGCUCCCAAGUAUGUUGAUACAACCCUGCGGCACCUCUGCGGGAAUCGAUGGAUUCGGCUGGGGCGGCCGAUACCAGGACUUUGCGCUGAUGACCAUGUAA